AGCGAUGGACGAAUCCACCUCCACCGAAGCUCCAGGGAUCCAGUCCGGUAUGAUGACCGACGAGACUGAAAUAGGAGGAACCGAGCCGCCUACUCUCACCCCGGACUCAACGCCACGGGAAACCACCACCCAGACCCAGACUGAGGACUCUGAAGGGUCGGCGUCUGGAGGAGAAGACGAGGCGUCGGGACAGGAACCUCCAGAGAGGCCCCGGGUUCCCGGCACGGCGUCACAGAUUCACUCCCCGGGUAAACCCAAGCAGCCGCUCACAGACGUCCCAGAAGCCCCCGUGGUUUCCCCAGCUGUGGAUGCGGUCUCAGAGGCGGGCUCAGGUGCGGGCUCAGGUGCAGAGCAGAUGUCGGGAGACGGCGAGGUGGAGCAUUCCGGGGAGAAGGGCCCUCUGGUCGACCUCCCCACAGAGGUCACUACUACUGGUUUUCCAGAUGUGGCAGCUGUGACUUUUGGAGAGGAAACCACGCUCGCCACAGAUGUUAAGGGCACGACCUCAGAGUCCACCACGCGCCCCCCGUCUGCUGCGACAGGUGAUGAGAAACACACAACAACAAAGCCCGCCCCCGUGACUCCUGAAGACCACACCCACCGCCCCACCGAGUCUCGCGCCGUCCUCCCCGAGUCCACCACGAGGACCACGCCGCUGUACACCUUCGACCACAGCUCGCGCUCCGUCCCUCAUUGGGCGCUGGUCCCCGACCCUGCCGCCACCCCACUGUGGGACGAGGAGUUUGUGGACGACUACGACGGAAAUAGACAGACCUCUAUGGUGGAGUCUCUGCCGCAGACGUCACAGCAGACCCUGACCACGGACUCAGACGCUUCUCUGGAGGCCGGCACUGUGGAUGUGAGAGAUCUCCUGCCGUGCUCCACCAGCGACUGUCUGAACGGAGGAUCCUGCUACAAAAAAGGAGCUCAGAAUAUCUGCGUGUGUGCACCUGGUUACACCGGGAAUCACUGUGAAACAGAUGUCGAUGAGUGCCAGUCUAACCCGUGUCUGAACGGAGCCACCUGUCUGGAUGGAGUCAGCUCCUACACCUGCCUCUGCCUGCCCAGCUAUGCAGGAGAGCGCUGCGAGCAAGGUGACGCAUCCUCUGAGUGAUGACACGCUGUCACAC